CUGUACGAUUCCGUACGCACAACAUUCUAAGAAGUGCACAAUCUGGACCAGUACGGGCAACGCAAGGUUUGACCAUUUCAGAAACGUUCAAAUUGAUAAUGUCAGACGAAAUAUGUGACAUAAUUUUUCGUGAAUCAAAUCGAAAGGCAAGGCAAUUCUUUGAUGAUGACAAUGCAAAACAUCCAACAAGAGAACCGAGAUCAUGGAUUCCCAUAACAGAAAGUGAAUUUGAUGCAUAUUUGGGCGUACUUUUGCUAAGUGGCGUUACACAUUCUGGUUACGUGCAUACGAAAGAUUUGUGGACUACUAAAUCACAUCCAUUAUAUCGUGCUGCAAUGAGUGUACGACGAUUUUGGGAAAUUAGCCGCUUCAUUCGUUUUGAUAAUGGAAACACACACCAGCAACGCAAACAAACUGACAAAGCAGCAGCAAUAUCGGACGUUUUUUUGAUGCUAAACAGCUGUCUUCGUAGAUAUUACGUGGCAGAAGCCAACGUCACUGUAAUUGAACAAUUGUAUGCUUAUCGUGGUGGAACUGGCUUCACGCAAUACAUACCAUCAAAACCUGCCAAAUAUGGGAUAAAAGUGUGGUGGGUGUUCGACUCCAUUUCGUCCUAUCCAUUGCAGGGACAAAUCUAUACAGGAAUAGCACCGUCUGGUGAACGUGAAAGAAACGUUGAUGAAAGAAUAGUCAAAGAUUUAUGUAUCAGCGUUUUUGAUGGAAGUGGAAGAAAUAUUGUAUGUGACAAUUUUUUCACUAGCUACACUUGGCAAAAUCUUUGAUGAUAGACAAUAAUUUAUCCAUCGCCAUCGAAGCCAUGAUAGGUAGGCCCAUCCGAGUUGUGGAUGAUGGAGCACAUGAACCGGAGGAGCGUGAUAGUACGGGACGCCCAAAAGUAAAAGGGGAAUUGCUACAUCUGCUCCAAACGACGCCCUACUCGUAAAGCAUGCACAUUAUGCAACAAACCAGUGUGCGCAGAGCAUUCCAAAGACUUGCCGCAAUGCGAUAGAUGUAAUUGAAUUUCAAUAAUUUUAAAUUUUUUCGUAGUUUUUUUAAUAUUUUUUUAUAAGUACUUUAUAAUUUAUAAUAAUUUUUAUGCCACAAAUAUUUUUUUCACUCAAAAUAAACUAUAUUUUUCAAAUAUUAUCAUAUUUGCAUGCGUUUUACUAUACAUAUGGUAUGGUAUACCCAGGUAUGUAUGCUGUUGACGUAAGGGUGCAACUUUGUAAAUGGGCUUUAUCUACCAAACGGAUGAUCCAAUCCUAACCAAAAUUGAGACUAUUGCGUAAAACAGUUUUCACUAGGAUAUCACGAAAUUUCAAGUCGAUCCGAUUAUCCAGUUCAGAGCUACAGCGUUUUGAAAACGCAAAACAUACCCAGGUAUGUUGCCGUUGACAUAAGGGUUAAACAAAUGACGCGGGAAAAUUAACAAUACAACAAAUUGUUAAAACAUAUACAUCUUAUAUUAAAACAUAAAAGUUCAAAGUCCACAUUUGCAAUUAUUCGGCAAUACCUCUUGUUCUUUGGCAAACAAAAACAAGCAGGAUUGUGGACAAAAAGCUAAUUGAUCUCUCUAACGAGCUCUCAAUUGCUUACGAACAAAUCAUAACAAACAGAUCGUGCAUAUUUAUGUACAAAGCAUAUUGAUCUCUUCGACGAGCUCUCAAUUGCACAAAAACAAGUACAUACAAGCGAAGUUUUUGGGGUGU